CAUCAUUUCAUAACUGAACAGAGAAAAACGUAAUCUACAUUAUAUUAACUGUCAUUUCAAACACAGAAAUGGUAUUUAGUUCCACGACUAUUUUUGCUAUUCUUUUUUUUGUGCAGGCAGAUUUUUAAUGUACUAAAUUUAAAGGACCCCAUGACAAGGCAGCGAAUUCAAAAUUUCAAAACAAAUCUGUUGUUUUUGCGUGCAGAUGUUUACUCAGAGCUGGAUGACUGUUUCAGAACAAGACUAUUUUUUUAUCUGAAGCAGCUGAAUAAUGGAGGUCGAGGAACGACACAAUUCGGGUUGCGUUGUAAAAACGGUGGAAGUUCCGAAACCGCCUUCGAUCGACGAUUUCAUCGUUUUGAAACCCAUCAGCCGUGGCGCAUUUGGCAAAGUCUACCUUGCUCGGAAGAAGUGCAAUGCACGUCUGUAUGCUAUUAAAGUGAUGAAAAAGGCAGACAUGAUUGACAAAAACAUGGCGAGCCAAAUGAAGGCAGAGAGAGACGCACUUGCUCUCAGCAAAAGUCCUUUCAUCGUUCACCUGUUUUAUUCCCUUCAGACAGCCACCAAGAUCUAUCUGGUAAUGGAGUACUUGAUUGGUGGAGAUGUCAAGUCUCUUCUUCAUAUAUAUGGCUAUUUUGAUCAGGACGUGGCUGUAAAAUACAUCGCAGAGGUUGCACUGGCUUUGGACUACCUCCACCGUCAUGGCAUAAUCCACAGAGACCUGAAGCCAGAUAACAUGCUCAUAUCCAAUGAAGGUCACAUCAAGCUAACCGACUUUGGUCUUUCAAAAGUCAAGCUUGACAGAGAGCUGAGCCUUAUGGAUAUCCUUACAACUCCAUCCUUGGCAAAACCAAAAACAGACUUCUUUCGCACGCCUGGUCAAGUUCUCUCCUUAAUCAGCUCCCUUGGAUUCAACACACCUGCAGGAGAUGGUAGGCGUCAUUGCAGCGCCUCCGUUGUGUCCAGCCCGAUGUCCUGCAGCAAAAUCAAAACAAAGAAUAACUCUCUCAGUUCUCCUUUGAUUGCUAAGAAAGAUCAGCUGUUUUCUCCGACAGGCUACAUUAGUAAACUGGGACCUAGAAGUAAAGCRUUUAAUCCUCACAACCUGGAAAAAAAUUUGACACAAACUUUGCUGAAAACCAGAAAGAGAUUUGAGACGAUGAGUGGAGACAUCUCCACCGACACAGAGGGUGGCAUCAGUCCACUGUGGGAGUGUGAGGAGAAAGAAAAUGUAAGCACCAGUAAUCAGAGAAUUGGAGGGCAGUCUGAGUCCUAUGGAUCUGAAAAGGCCCAUGGACACUCAAAGUUAAACAGCACCAGCGUCUCUACCAAGGCCUCCAGUAGUGAGUCCAAAAACUCAAACUAUGACCACCUUCCGGAAAGAAGGUCUUGCAGAAAGCAGCUGAAGUCUGACUUUGACGCUCAGGAGGAUAUUUGUCCACCAGUGAGAGAUGACCAUCAGCUUGCAGUUCCCUCAUCUGUUAAAAGGACAUUUUCAGAAAUAGAAACAAGUCCAAACCCACUAGAGAGCCAAGCUAAAAAGAGAAACACUGACUACAAGAGAUUCUUUGAUGUUCCUGAGGAGACUGCUAAGAAUCACACUGGUCUGACCGGGACAUUUUCCACCUUCCAAAUAGGCGACCUCUUAACUUCCUCUAAAGGAGAUGAGGCAGCUGAACACAGCCGUCCGAAGCGAUCCAGUCCCAUCGCUGUGGCCAAAAGUCUGUUCAGUGAGUUGGAGGAGCCGGCGGAGGACGUGUUCGAAGGUGGUCCCGGGGACUUGUCACACUCAAGUUUCACGUCACCUUUUCCUGGGAACUUGAGCCUCGACUCUGACGGGUCCAUUUGUGAAACCUCUCUCGUCGCGGACAGUCGCGCCUACGCUCUCCAUCCAAACAAGCCGGCAGAAAUUUCUCUUCCAUCCGAGGAAAAUGAAAAGAGUCAAAACUCCACAAACACAGAAUUGGCUGCCGUGCACACCCCUAAACUUGGUCAGCGUUGGCGAAAAACUGGAUCUCAGUGCUCCCUCCUUGGCUCGCUCCCUGAUCUCGUACGGAGCGUCGCGAGUUCCCCCUCGUUCCUCAAGCCACGGAACGGCGUGGUUUUCCGCAGUUAUUGCAGCUCCAUUAACCGCUCCAACAUGUCAGGAGUGUCCAGGCUCAGCGUUGGAUCUUUGGAUACGAUGGAUGUGUCCACAUCGGCUUCUUGUCACUCUGCGUUUGGAAAUGCGACACCCGUUCAGAGAAGACCAAACUCCACCAGUUCUGUUUAUCAGACUCCUCAGCCCAUGUCGACCUCCCACACCCCUUACAGGACUCCGAAAAGUGUCCGAAGGGGCGCGCUGCCUGUUGAGGGGAUGCCAAUUUUGGGGACCCCGGAUUACUUGGCUCCGGAGCUGCUUCUCGGAAAACCACACGACUGCAUGGUGGACUGGUGGGCGCUCGGCGUGUGUCUGUUUGAAUUUCUCACAGGUGUCCCACCAUUUAAUGACGAGACGCCUCAAUUGGUUUUCCAGAAUAUCCUCAAUAGAGACAUUCCCUGGCCUGAAGGAGAGGAGGAACUGUCUGCAAACUCAAGGAAUGCAAUUGAAAUCCUGCUCACCAUGGACGUGACAAAGCGUUCCGGUCUAAAGGAACUCAAGUGCCACCCGCUGUUUGACGGUCUGAACUGGGACAACCUGCAGGACCAGCCGAUGCCCUUCAUACCUCAGCCUGAAGACGAAACGGACACCUCGUAUUUUGAGGCAAGAAACAACGCUCAGCAGAUCACCGUGUCUGGCUUCAGCCUGUAGCUCUGGCUGGAGUGGUGGUGUAUUUUUUUUAUUUUUUUAACAGUGCUAAAAAUUUAGCAGUAAUGACUAAAACAGAAUCGUAAACAAAUGUUUGUUGAUUCCAGUCAGCUCUUUUUUUCACUCUAAUUCUUUUUUACAAUAUGUGCAAUCACUGGUUAUUUGUUCAAGUUAUAUACUGUGGGAAGGAUUUUUAUUUAAAAUCUCAGUGUUACUUUGUCGUCAGAUGUUUUAAACGAGGUCCUUUUAUGAAUUAUUUGCUGGUUUUUUUCCUGUGUUUUGAGUUCAUUUGUUGAUCAUAUUUGUUCUUUGUUUUGCUGCGGUUUGUUGACUGGUUUGGCUGGCCUCAGAUUUCUCUUGAAGGGCCGCAACGCUGGUUCGUGCGCAUGAAAAUUUAGUUUUUUCAUGUAAAUCUUAAUAUUUUGUCAUUGUUUUACAGUUGGGCUGGUUCUUCUGUUUCAAGCAGAAAUUGCUGCUUUUAUGUCUUUUCUGUUUCCACACUACAAGUUAAUCCUUUUUGACCUGAUAUUUUAUCUGGUCUAAGGAAAAACCCAAAAAUGCUCAAUAAAACGUCUUUAAUAUGUUGCACUUUGUAGACUUUCCCUACAACAUCAAAAUGCUUGGAAUAAACUAUAGAAUUUUAAAG